AUGGCGAAUCUUGUUCACGUUCCUAAUCCACAAACUAACCCCUCUCAUCCUUUGUUCUUGCAUCCGAAUGAAAGUCCAGCUUUAGUUUUGGUUUCACCACUCUUAAAUGGUGAAAACUAUCACUCAUGGGCUCGAGGGAUGAAGAUGGCUCUAAUUUCCAAAAACAAGCUCGGUUUCAUCGAUGGAAGCAUUCCUGCACCAGAUCCAUAUGAACCUACAUUUUCUGCUUGGCAAAGAUGUGAUACGAUGGUGAUGGAAUGGAUUCAAAGAUCCAUAUCAGCGUCUAUAGUGAAAUCAAUCAUUUGGAUAGAACAUGCUCGUGAUACUUGGUUGGAUUUACAAGAACGAUUUUCUCAAGGAGAUGUGUUUCGAUUCUCCGAUUUGAUGGAAGAAGCUUUUCGAUUACAUCAGGGAGACAGAUCUGUUGCUGAUUAUUAUACACACCUCAAAACAGUUUGGGAUGAGUUAGACAAUCUCAAACCUCUCCCUAAUUGCAUCUGUGUUGUUCCAUGUGUGUGUGGAGCAAUCACCAGAAUGAGAGAAUAUCGCGAGCAAGAACAAGUUAUACGGUUCUUGAGAGGAUUAAACGACCAAUUUGCAUCUGUAAGGUCUCAAAUCAUGCUGCUAAGUCCAUUACCAAACAUCAAUAGGUCCUUUUCACUUGUUUCUCAGCAAGAAAGGAAAUUCAAAUUGGAUAAUCAUGUGCCUGAUGCGAAUCAAUCAUCUGUUUUUAAUGUCACAAACCGAAGAGGAGGUCCUAGUUCUGGAGGUAGAUUUAAUGGCACAUUCAAUAAUGGCACAUCUAACAAUGGCAGAGGAGGUCCUAUUUACAGAGGAAGAGGUCGAAAUUUUGGAGGCAGAUCUCAACCUAACCGCAUAUGCACUCAUUGUGGCAGAAGCAACCAUACAAUUGAGACAUGUUAUCAGUUACAUGGAUUUCCACCAGGUUAUCACACAGGCAAUAGAACUUCUAAUACAAAUGCUGCUAGCACAGAUUCUCACAACUUCCAUUAA